CUAGGCCCCCCCUCCUCUCUCUCUCUCUCAACUCAUUUUAAUUUUAGGGUUUUCGUUUUCAUUUUCAUUUUAGGUUCUCACUCACUUUCAUUGGAUUGGGGAAAAUAAAAGCAACGCAUCGCGAAGAUCAAUUGGAAUGAGAAUUGGAGGGUUUAUGAUUGUGUGGAGUAAUCGAUUUCGAUGUCGAUAUGGAUUGAUUGUUGGGUGGUCUCAACAAUUCGAAUCAUUCUCAAGCUUUUUGCAUUCGAAUUGGCGACGACAUGUUCCAAGAUUGCUUCUUCUGCAUUCUUCUUCUUCAGCAAUGCCAAAAACCUUCAAGUCCAUAUCCCAUCUCCGCUCCUAUACUACUGAAUUGCAACCCCAAAUAUCUACUGAUCUAAUCAAGAUUAUGGAACAAAGACUAUCAGCUAUUGAAAAUAGGAAUGCGUAUCUUCAGGGUAUCAUAAAUCGGCCAGAAGCCUCAUCAGUAGAGUAUUCAAGGGCCAAUAAGGAGCUUCGGAAACUCAGUAACACAAUGGAUCUAAUAAAUGAGUUGAGGAUCAAACAGAAGGAGAUUGAGGGUUUAAAGUCACUGAUAGCUGAAUGUCCUCAAGACAAAGAUAUGCUGGACAUGGCAACUGAGGAAUUGGAUCAGGCAGUGAAAGACGAGAAAAGACUGCAGAGUCUGCUGCUGAAAUCAUUACUUCCCAAGGACGAUGCUGAUGAACGGGACUGCAUUUUGGAGGUUAGAGCAGGAACUGGAGGGGAAGAGGCUUCUUUGUUUGCAAUGGACAUAUUUAAAAUGUAUGAUAGAUACUCAGUGAAGAAGGGUUGGAAAUUUGAGGUGGUAGAUGUAGCAGAAUCUGAUCUCAAGGGAUACAAGGAAGCUACUGCAUCAAUCUCAGGAGCUGAUGUGUUUGGGAAACUUAAAUUUGAGAGUGGAAUUCACAGAGUGCAGCGAGUUCCCGUGACAGAGAAGUCUGGACGCAUUCACACCAGUGCAGUGUCUGUUGCUAUCCUCCCUCAGGCUGAUGAGGUAGAUGUCCAGUUGAAGAAUGAAGAGUUGCGAAUUGAUACAUAUAGAUCAGGUGGGUCAGGAGGUCAGCAUGCAAAUACUACUAACAGUGCUGUUAGGAUAACUCAUAUUCCAACUGGGAUGACAGUCUCCAUACAGGAUGAAAGAUCCCAACAUAUGUACCAACUGCAUUACUUUUGCACACGUAAUUAUCAGGUAAAAAAUAUCUGCUAUUCUACUGUCUCUGCAUUAUAUUCACAUUCCCUUUUGGUUCUCUCGUCGUCUUCUUCCUUCCUCCUCUUUUUCUGGGUCUUUUUACAGAACAAAGCAAAAGCUCUCAAGGUAUUAUGUGCAAAGCUCUAUGAAAUGAAAAGAUUAAGAAUUCACACAAAUCGAUCGAAACUUCGCUCGGAGCAGAUUGGUAGCGGGGACAGAUCUGAACGUAUUCGUACAUAUAACUAUCCUCAAGGGCGUGUUACUGAUCACCGUGUCGGCAUCACUCAUCAUUCGAUAAAUGAUGUAAUGCAGGGAGAUAGUCUUGAUUUCUUCAUCAAUGCACUUCUUUUGCAGCAGGAAAUGGAUGCAAUUGCAUCUUUCACCUCUAUUCAAUGAUACCAGUCAAGGUCUUGUCAAAUCUCCACCCCAAAUAUUUCCUCCUCUCUCAAAAAGAUCUUUGAUGACAAAUCAUGUCUUAUUUUUGUUUUAUAUAGCCUGGCAGACUUUGUGAUGCCUUUUUUUUCCUUCUCGUCUUUUAUUUAAUUUUUAGGGUGUAUGGAGUAGUAGGGGAUCAAUUAUGCAGGAAGUUCAUUAUAUUUAUUUUCCAAUUUUAGAACUUCUAUAAUCGCAAUUUUAUGUUAUGCAUUUUAAUACAUACAAUAUUACACACUUGCGGCUUGCACAAUCUAUGUUAUGGGAAUCAAUGGCUACCUUGUGAUUAUUUCUU